AUGGCAGAUAUACCGACCAACGAGCCAGCAGCGCCCUCUAGCGUCGACCCGUUGACCGGCGAAAAGAUCUCUAAAAGCGAACUCAAACGUCGUCUACAACAACGGGAGCGCGAUGCAAAAAAAGCUGAAAAGCAAGCCGCUCAGGCUGCAGCUGCAGCACAAUCAGCUACCAAGCCCAAGGCUGCCAAGCAGGCGGGCAUUGAUGAGGAUGAACUCGAUCCUAGUCAAUACUUUGAGCUCCGCUCUCGUCAAGUCAACAAGUUGAAGGAACAGCCCCUUACACACCCUUACCCUCACAAGUUCAAGGUGACCAUGUCCGUGCCCGACUUCGUCAAAGAGUUCGGUGCACCGGGGCGCAUUGCCAAUGGCUCGCGGGACGACAGUGUUGUUGUUGCACUCGGUGGUAGGGUGCAGAAUAUCCGCUCGUCGGGUCAGAACUUGAGGUUUUACGAUCUUCACGCGGACGGGGCCAAGGUGCAGAUCCUGGCGCAGGCCAACUUCCACCAGCCACAACCGCACCCGAACGCCCCUGCAGGCACUGAGCCCCCCACCACGCCGUUCACCGAGACACACGACACUUUCCGCCGUGGUGACAUUGUCGGUGUUGUAGGGUCCCCUGCGAGGUCUAAAGCAGGAGAACUGUCCAUCUCCCCGACGCAUAUACAGCUGCUUUCUCCCAACUUGCAUCAGCUACCCAAGCAUACAGGAUUAAAGGACCAAGAGUCACGGUAUAGGAAACGGUAUCUGGAUCUGAUUCUUAACGAGCAUACGAGGAAUAUCUUCAUUACCCGUAGCAAGGUGAUCAAUUACAUGCGGAGAUUCUUCGAUUCUCAAGGGUUCAUCGAGGUCGAGACACCCAUGAUGUCCAUGAUCGCAGGUGGUGCUACUGCCAAGCCUUUCGUCACCCAUCACAAUGAUCUCAAGCUUGAUCUCUACCUGCGUAUCGCCCCCGAGCUCUACCUGAAGCAACUCGUCGUCGGUGGUCUUGACCGCGUGUACGAGAUUGGUCGCGUCUUCCGGAAUGAGGGCAUCGAUUUGACGCACAAUCCUGAAUUCUCUAUCUGCGAAUUCUAUAUGGCGUACGCAGACAUGUACGACAUUAUGGACAUGACCGAGGGUCUGGUCGAGGGGAUGGUCAAGUAUCUCACUGGAGGCAAGUCCAAGCUCACAUUCCAUCCUGAAGGGCCGGGCGAGGGGAAGAAGGAAUACAAGCUCAACUUCCAGCGGCCGUGGAAGAGGUUCGACAUGUGCGAGACGCUCGAGAAGGAGCUGGGUGUCAAAAUGCCCGUUGGAGAUGAGUGGAACUCGGACGCGACUCGGGUGAUGCUCAGCGAGCAGUGCGAGAAACAUAAUAUCGAGUGUGGCGCACCGAAGACGACUGCGCGCUUGCUUGACAAGCUCGUGGGAGAGUUCAUCGAGUCACAGUGCAUUAGUCCCAGCUUCAUCGUUGGUCACCCGCAGAUCAUGUCACCCCUUGCCAAGUACCACCGUUCCCGCCCCGGCCUUUGCGAGCGAUUCGAAGGUUUCAUGUGCACCAAGGAGUUCUGCAACGCCUACACCGAGUUGAAUGACCCCUUCGAGCAGAGGAUCCGGUUCGAGCAGCAGGCAGCGCAGAAAGCUGCCGGAGAUGACGAGGCUCAAGGAAUCGAUGAGACGUUCGUGGAUGCGCUUGAGCAUGGCUUGCCCCCUACCGGUGGGUGGGGUAUUGGCGUUGACCGUCUGGUCAUGUUCCUCACCGAUUCACCUAACAUCAAAGAGGUGUUGCUCUUCCCAGCCAUGAAACCAGAUGUUCAGGCUCCCCACUCAGGCCAGAUUUAG